AUGACGUCGACUCCUACGAGCUUGGUCGUGAGCCUCAAGAAGCAACUCUCCACCGCAGUCACCAAGGAUCAACCACAGGUACCUCCCAUACCUCUCCUGCGCAUCACUGGCCAGGAUGCUGAUCUUGUUGCUCUGCCUCCACCCCCUCGUUCAUGCUCGUCUCGCUCCCACUCUGCGCUCGUACGACGUACGACGUUGUGGGGGAGCAAUCUGCGCGUGUAGGAGAUCGCGUCGAUCCUACAACAGCUCAAGAAACAAGUCAUCGCAACCGAGGAUCUCAUCCGGGUACGUUCCCAGCCUACGCAGAGCACCUGGGCUCAGCCAACCAGCGCUCGCUCAUUCGUCUACCUCCACCUCCGCGACAACCUACAACAGGAAACCAAGAUCGGAGUGACCGUCAACAAGCUCAAGUCCAACCCCAAUAAAGCAGUCGCCGAUUUGGCCCGUGAGAUCGUCAAGAAAUGGAAGAACGACGUUGGAGUUGCUGCAUCGUCGUCGUCGACCGGGGGGGCAGCCAAGAGUAAACCGCCGGUGUCGGGUGCAGGUGAGCGGACCGCAUCUGCCACGGGUUCAGGUGCUGAGCUGACAUGUGUUGCGGGCUUACGAUCAGCUUCGAACGCGCCUUCGCCUUCCCCUGCACCCGCUUCACCCGUUGGACCGAUUCACAAAACCUCCACGAGCACGACCAAGCGACCUCCUCCCACCUCCACAACAGCGCCCAAGGAAGAACCCACAGCAGCUCCCACCACCACUACCACCACUACCACUGCUUCCCCUUCCAAGACCUCUUCCACGCCCGUACCGAAACGAAGACAGUCCCUCAACGGCGCACCGAGAACCCAUACGACCGAUGGGUUGGAUUUCUUCUCCGAUGAAUACAGCCUCCACGAUAAGACGAGGGACAAGUGCGUCGAGAUGAUCUACGAUGCCAUGAGCUUCGAUUCGGAUGCACGUACGUCAGGUAUCAAAACUUUGGCUUAGGGAGAACCGAGAGGGACUGACCUUCCUCAACGAUCCCUACAGCGACGGACCUGAUCUGCAAACGCGCACAAGCGUUGGAACAACACGUACACAUCAACGAGCCUUCGGCGGGGUACAGGGCCAAGAUCCGUUCGCUGUACCUCAACCUCAAGGCGGCGAACAACCCUUCGUUGCGCGAGGACGUAGUCUCGGGCGAGAUCUCUGUCACGAGGUUGUACGGCAUGUCGCCUGCUGUGAGUAUCGAGGUUGGAGCGCAAUCGACGUUGCUGAGUGGGUGCUCAUGCGAGUUCAGGUUGCGUUUUCAGGAAAUGGCUUCGGAGGAACAACAAGCGCUGAACCGCAAGUUGGCCGAAGAGAACCUCUUCAAAGCCCAAGGCGCGGCCCCUCAACAGGCCGAAACGGACGCGUUCCAAUGCGGCAAAUGCAAGCAGCGGAGGACGAUGUACUACCAGGUUCGUUUUCGGGAGGUUGAUGGAAUGAGACUUGGGGGGUUGGAAGAUCGGGUUGAGCGAGGCUUCUUUCAGCUGAUGCAGGUGCUUUCGCUUCAUUCCUUCGCUUCCCGCAGAUGCAAACGAGGAGUGCGGAUGAACCGAUGACGACAUUCGUGACGUAAGUCUUGCUCCCCGGUCGGUACUAUGCUAUGGUGAAGCAAGAUGACAUCGCUGAUUUUCAUUAUCGGUCGGAACUCGCAGCUGCCUCAAGUGAGCUCUAUACCCUGGACAGAGCGCCCCACGCUCCGCGCGAUCUGAUCCUGAUGUCGCUUGACUGACCCUCUUUCCUGCCCUUCGCGUCCACGAUGUCGCCAUGAACAGCUGCAACAAGUGAGCCACACCAGGUUUGAUCCAUUCCGAUGCACAAUCUGCUGACUGAUUCCAUCUUUCUAUUCGAUCACAGCCGAUGGAAGUUCUCCUAA